AUGGACGUGGACGUGGACGUGCGCAUGGACGUGGACGUGGACGUGGACAUGGACGUGGACGUGGACAUGGACGUGGACGUAGAAAUGGACGUGGACGUGGACGUGGACAUGGACGUGGACGUAGACGUGGACGUGGACGUAGACGUGGACGUGGACGUGGACGUGGACAUGGACGUGGACAUGGACGUGGACGUGGACGUGGACGUAGACGUGUACGUGGACGUGGAGGUGGACGUGGACAUGGACAAGGACGUAGAAAUGGACGUGGACGUGGACGUGCACAUGGACGUGGACGUGGACAUGGACAUGGACGUGGACGUGGACAUGGACGUGGACGUAGAAAUGGACGUGGACGUGGACAUGGACGUGGACGUAGACGUGGACGUGGACGUAGACGUGGACGUGGACGUGGACGUGGACGUGGACAUGGACGUGGACAUGGACGUGGACGUGGACGUGGACGUAGAAAUGGACGUGGACGUGGACGUGGACGUGGACAUGGACUUGGACGUGGACGUGGACGUAGAAAUGGACGUGGACGUGGACGUGGACAUGGACGUGGACGUAGACGUGGACGUGGACGUAGAAAUGGACGUGGACGUGGACGUGGACGUGGACAUGGACAUGGACGUGGACGUGGACAUGGACGUGGUCAUGGAUAUGGAGGUGGACAUGGACGUGGACGUGGACGUGGACAUGGACGUGGACGUGGACGUGGACGUGGACGUGGACGUGGACGUAGACGUGGACGUGGACAUGGACGUGGACUUGAACCUGGACGUGGACAUGGACGUGGACAUGGACGUAGACGUGGACGUGGACAUGGACGUGGACUUGGACGUGGACGUGGACAUGGACGUGGACAUGGACGUAGAUGUGGACGUGGACGUCGACAUGGACGUGGACGUGGACGUGGACGUGGACGUGGACGUGGACAUGGACGUGGACGUGGACGUGGACAUGGACGUGGACAUGGACGUGGACAUGGACGUGGACGUGGACAUAGACGUGGACGUGGACGUGGACGUGGACGUGGACGUGGACAUGGACGUGGACAUGGACGUGGACUUGGACGUGGACGUGGACUUGGACGUGGACGUGGACAUGGACAAGGACGUAGAAAUGGACGUGGACGUGGACGUGCACAUGGACGUGGACGUGGACGUGGACAUGGACGUGGACGUGGACAUGGACGUGGACGUAGAAAUGGACGUGAACGUGGACGUGGACAUGGACGUGGACGUAGACGUGGACGUGGACGUGGACGUAGACGUGGACGUGGACGUGGACGUGGACAUGGACGUGGACAUGGACGUGGACGUGGACGUGGACGUGGAAAUGGACGUGGACGUGGACGUGGACGUGGACAUGGACGUGGACAUGGACGUGGACGUGGACGUGGACGUAGAAAUGGACGUGGACAUGGACGUGGACGUAGAAAUGGACGUGGACAUGGACGUGGACGUAGACGUGGACGUGGACGUGGACGUAGAAAUGGACGUGGACGUGGACGUGGACGUGGACAUGGACGUGGUCAUGGAUAUGGAGGUGGACGUGGACGUGGACGUGGACAUGGACGUGGACGUGGACGUGGACGUGGACGUGGACGUAGACGUGGACGUGGACAUGGACGUGGACUUGAACCUGGACAUGGACAUGGACGUGGACAUGGACGUAGACGUGGACGUGGACAUGGACGUGGAAUUGGACGUGGACGUGGACAUGGACGUGGACAUGGACGUAGACGUGGACGUGGACGUGGACAUGGACGUGGACGUGGACGUGGACAUGGACGUGGACGUGGACAUGGACGUGGACGUGGACGUGGAUAUGGACGUGGACAUGGACGUGGACGUGGACGUGGACAUGGACGUGGACGUGGACGUGGACGUGGACGUGGACAUGGACGUGGACAUGGACGUGGACAUGGACGUGGACGUGGACUUGGACGUGGACGAGACGUGGACGUGGACGUGGACGUGGACGUGGACGUGGACAUGGACGUGGACGUGGACGUGGACAUGGACGUGGACGUAG